AUGGUUCACUCUGAAGCCGACUAUGUCAUGAUCCGAAAUGCGGAUGGAACGGAAAGCCCACAGCGCAUCUUCAGAAGGCACAAGGUUCUGCCCCGUCCGGGUACAGCGUCGUCGACUGGUUCGCGAAGCUCAAGUCCCGCUCGGCCUUCGCGGACUACCCAGCUACGGCGGUCAAGACAUCGACCAGCCGGCCCCGAACCGCCGCCGACGCCGCCUGCCCAUUCACGUGCCUCGUCGUCGGCCAAGUCGAUGAAGUCGAUAGACCAGUCAAGCCCAACAAACUCGGGCAGUCCGCUGCAAAGCACCGAUAAUGUCCAGCAUGUUGAGCCACGUCUCCCGACCACGCCACCGAACCAACGUACUCCGCCGACUCCGAAUCUGACUCCUGAAAGAAUCCCUCCGCCCGCUGCAGAACCACCCAGACGGCCUACCAGGCCCCAGCUGCAGGUCCAAACUCAGUCCGAGUCCCAGUCACAGUUCUUGGCCCAGUCCCGGCCCCGGCCACGGCUCGCUGUCGGUGGUCGGAUGCCGUCCAAUGCGACAACGAUAGACUCAAGAUCGGAAUCCUUUAGAACAGCGCCUGAAGUCCCUAUCACUCCAGGAGAUGAAGAUGACGGAAAAUCGACUGUGCGGCCCGGGAUAUCGUCGAGAAGAACGUCGCGAAGCACCAUUCGUCAGGCUAACAGAGGAGCAAAGUUGCAACCGCAGACUGUAGGUUUGGGCAUUGAUAUCGGGGUAAAUUCAAGCGUUGGAGAUGGAUUAACGCCAGCAACAGAGAGGGAAGUUCAGCUUGGGCGAGACGCGUACGACGGCGGGUGGGGCGGCGAGGAAACGCAGGGAGGGAACAUGAAUUCUGAUGAAGACGUGGAAGAGGAAUGGGACGAAAACUGGGAAAGGAAUGUGAUUGUCAGCAGGCGACGUGCUGCACCCAGCUCGAAUAUAACCAAGGACCGCAACUCAGUGUUUAUGGGACCACCGACCACCACGACAGUUACACCAACAACCAAUGCGACAACGAGAGUACUGCCACUACGCGCCAUGAACCUCGAGGAACAGCAACGGGGCCUCCCUCUCUCGGAGCCAUCCAUGAGCGGGGACACACGGCGUUUUUCUACGACCUCGAACCAGUCCGGCACAUCCACAAUUAUGGGCACAAUAGUCGUCGGUGAUGACACGGGUUCUCAGCGACGCAACACUCUCCGACACGUACGCAAACCUAUUCUGCCUCUGCGAGAUUCCGUUUCCGAUCUUGCUCCGUCAACCACUUCUUUUGCUUCUACUCCGGCUCCGGCUUUGGUUCCGGCAUCAGACGUGUUUCAACGUCGACCACCACUGCCAGAACCAAAGUCGGGUGCCGCCCCUCGCGAAAGCUAUUUUUCCACCACUUCGAUCUCGAGCCGAAAAGCCCGAAGGGAUGUGUGGAAAACUGGGUCAAUUCCUGUGGUGAUUGUCCCAGAGCGUCGAACCUCUCUCAAGUCCAACGGAAGACCUCCUUCUCUCCGGUCAAUGAGCAGUCGGAGAUCGCGGCGAAGCCAGAGUCUGAGCUCUGUUGGACGAUCAUAUGCGUCCGCAAGCAACUUUACGAUAGACAUAUAUAUGGACCAGUCGCGGCGCAGCCGGACCAUCUCUGAGUCCGACAGAUCUCGAGCCGGCGACCCGCGCACGGCCGAUCUUCCGCCGUAUAUUCCUAGACGGUCAUCAUCUCUUUCCGCUCCUACCAGUCGCAACGUGUCGAGGACCGGCUCUCUCACGGCCGAAAGCCUUCGAGCUCAUGACGCGCUUUAUGAGCAACACAAGGCUUCGCAGACGGUUGAACGGGCAGUGGAGAGACUACAGAGGGAAAAGCGACCGCCUCCGAAGCCGGUAAAUACCUCCAGACACUACCGCAGGACGGUUGACGGAAAUGAAUUGGAGCCAGAGCGACGCCAAUCUGGAACCAUCAAUAUCAAGUUCUCUCCUUCGAUCCAGUCAAGCAACUUUGACAACAGUGACCCGCGAACGCCGCGUAGCUUUCCUGCUGAUCACAAUGAUGAUGGAGGUCCUCGUCAUAGUUACGAAUACAACAAGAGGAAUUCCGUCCAACACACACCUUUCUCGCAAGCCUCUGUAGAGACGGGCGCCUCACAUGCCGAAGUGUCCGAAGCAAGGGCGAUAGUCAUGCACCAGCAUCAGAACACGUCUGUGAUGCUUGUAGACAACUCGACCAAGCCGUCCAAGGCCUCUUCGUUGGAUCGUCAGAGGUCUCCUCCAACGGCCACCCCCGCCAUUGCCGCAACAGAUGCCGAAGGAAACCCCCUAACACCGCCACAGGACCUCUCGAGGGAAGAUGACAAUUUCUCCCCCUUGAGGAACCCGAGAGCACCCCCCAAACCGCCACCGGCCAUCAACUUCAUCCCGGCAACGCCUUCUGGCCUAACACCUACUACGGAAAGACAGAAGGAGCUUGGGAAUUUCUACGAUGACAUGCCCGAGUCAGAGGAGCCUAAACCCGAGAGCGGAUUCGCCAUGCUCCGCCGGAAGCUGAGCCGCCGCCGAACCUCCGAGACAACUGGCACUCGUCCGGGUUUCCUUACUCGCACAUUUUCCUUGUCAAAGUACACCAAAAAUUACGAGUCAGAUGGUGGCAGCAGCGGUAGGUUGAAGAGACCCCACCUGAAGAGGUCCUUCACGGCCGAUGACGCCCCCGUCGAGCCAGACAAACUGCAUCCCGACUGGCGACCAUCCUACCAGUCUGAUUUCUCCGACAGCGGAAGUGAAGACGAGGAGCACUGGGACUACCCGCCCAUCGACAACCGUCCCCAACGGCCUGGUCUGAUGCCCAAGCGGAGCUUGAGCCAGCGGAUGAAGAAGGCAUUCGCCAUCAUGCCCCUACGCAAUGGCUCAAAGUACGACGCCACAUACUCAACAGACAGCGGCGACAUGCCCGACCGGGACAAACGGACCAUCCGACGCACGCCGAGCGGUAAUCUGCGGGUCACAAAGAUCCGGCAAAGCCUCGAGUCUAUAGCACAGUCCAUGGCACGGCCAUCCAUCUCAUCCGAAAGACCUACCAGACCGUCCAUCUCCUCACCAUCGGAUACAUCCCGACCGUCCAUCUCUACCGAAGCACCUCCUCGACCAUCCAUCUCGCCCGACUCAAGCUCAACUCGGCCCUCUAUGUCAUCCGAAAACCCACGCUUCUACCCGCCCCGCGUCCGUCGAAACUACGGUGCUCUCUUCCAGCGCCAACGACCACCUCCUCCCGCUGCUGCCAUGUCAGCAGCGCCACCCCUAACCCCCUCGUCUGUAUCCACUUUUGCGACCGGCCACUCUGUAUCCCCACCCAUUACUACUACGGCCGCGCCCGUACCACCGCCCAUGAAAAGACGCGGCAGUCUUAGCGAAAAGAUUAUACCUGUCUUGAACGAAAAGGUCAACAUUGUGCGGAGGAUGAGCGAGAAGCGGAAGGAGAGGAAGAGGGAUGAGAUGCGGAAGACGAUAAGUCACCCAAGAGUGGUCAGGGACGGGUUGGGGGAGGUGAUCAAGCAUGAUACAGGGAGAGAGAUUUUUGCGAUGAGUCAGGGUCAGCCUCAGCCGCAGCAGGGACAGAGGCAGUCACCGCCUGCUGUCAGGGGGUCGCCGCCUAGGUUAGGGAGGGGGUCACCUAUCUGA